CCGUCUUCUGCUCAUUGCUACAGAGGAGAGGCAUCUUUCAACACAUGGUUCCUCCUUCACUUCUCACAGAGAUGAGAGGAGCAGCUAUGAGUUUAACUGCAGCAGCGAGUGGAUUAGUUGUCUUCCUGCUCUCUGUGUCAGUGGUUCAGGGUCAGCGUGGUUGGGGAGUGACUUGCUCUUCUUCUAAGAUCUGUGCAGUGAAAGGAUCAACAGUGGAGAUAAGAUGCAGCUUCACAUACCCAUCUACAUGGAAUGGUGGUGUUAACACAUUAGAGAAUACAUUCUGGUUCACUAAAAAGAAAGGUGGUGAACUUGUAGAUCUGACCACAGACUCAGAGUAUUCAGGUCGUGUAGAGGAUCUCUGUGGAAACAACAUCUGCACUCUGAGAAUCAGAAACCUGAGAGAGAGCGACUCAGCUGAGUACAGGUUCUGGAUCAAAACAAACCAAGCUACAUACUCGGGUCAUCCAGUCACUUUGUCCGUCACAGAUCUCCAGGUGAGCAGAUCAGGAUCAUCUACUCUCCUUCAGUGUCUCAGCAGUUGUCCACCUGGUCAAACUUCCUACAUCUGGUUUAAGAACAGACAGCAAGUGAAGGAAGACACAUCUUCUUAUGCAGACUUCAGAUAUGACUCAGCAGACAGUUAUUCCUGUGCUUUGAAGGGAUAUGAGGACUUCCCCUCUCCUUCAGUGUAUGCUCCAAAGCUCCCCUCUGUGUCAGUGAGUCCCUCUGCUGAGAUAGAGGAGGGCAGUUCAGUGACUCUGACCUGUAGCAGUGAUGCUAACCCAGCAGCUAACUACACCUGGUACAAGGAGGAUCAACAUGCACACCUUUCUUCUGUCAAUGAAGGACCACGUCUCGUCUUCACCUCCAUCCUGUCCUCUGACUCUGGACAGUAUUACUGCAGAGCUGAGAACGAGCUGGGGAGUACAAGAUCUGAAUCCAUCUCUAUUGAUGUGAAAUAUGCUCCAAAGCUUCCCUCUGUGUCAGGGAGUCCCUCUGCUGAGAUAGAGGAGGGCCGUUCAGUGACUCUGACCUGUAGCAGUGAUGCUAACCCAGCAGCUAACUACACCUGGUACAAGAAGAAUGAAGACUCUCCAAAAGCUUCAGGACAGAUCUUCAACAUCACUGACUUCAGAGCUGAACACAGUGGGAGUUAUUCCUGUGGAGCCCAGAACAAGUUAGGACGUAGUAACUCCACCUUUCAUCUGGCUGUUGUGGCAGGAGGAUCAUGGAAGCUACUACCUUUUGUAACAAUCCCUGUUGUUCUCCUGGCUGUCAUUUCUCUCUCUGUCUUCCUGUGGAUCAGAAGAAAGAGGGCUUCUAGAGACUCGUCUGAGCCUGAAGAGAGAGCGGACAAUAGGGAAGAGUGUGUACCUGAUCAGCCGGAGCAGCAGGAUGACCUUCAGUAUGCCAGCGUUCACUUCUCCAACAACCGGGCAGACCCUCUUUACUCCAACAUGAGAGCAGCUGAGCCCCUCAGACACACGGAGCAACAGGAAGUCCCGGAGUACGCUGCCGUCAUGUUCAGCAGUGCUGCCCCGAGGACCAGAGGUCAGGACUCUGAAGAGGAUCCAGCUGCAUUGUACAGCACGGUCAACAAAUCCACAUAAACACAGCAGGCAUUGCAUUUGAAGGAUGAUACUUCAGUUCUUUUACAAUCACAUUUCUAUUUACACAGGGUAAUGUGGAUUUUGUAAAUACAUGUCUCAGGGUGGACCUCUCCAUGAAUGAGGCGAUGGGUUUUCAGCCUAGUUUUUAUUAAUCUGAAUGGCUCAAAUGUAAAGAUUUUGUUAAGUAUUUCACAGCUUAAUGUACUGAAUUGUAAAUAUUUCUUGUGUAACAUGAUUUUUGCCCCCAAAAAAUUACAAAAUGUAGAGAUGUUGCAACAAGGGAUCUGAUCCCUAACUGCUGGCUUGAUGGAAAAUGUAGAUAUUACUACAGAGUUAUAAUUUACUGAUAACAAACCAAUUUCCAUUGUUUUGUAAGUACAUUUAUCAACUUUAUUCAAAUAAUAUUUCUUUACAAUGUUCUUCUUCUUGUCUAGACUGAAAUAUCAACAACUACUUGUUGGAUUCAUUCCAAAUUCCAAAAUAAAUGUUGUUUUUGAAAAGCACAUUGGGAUAUUGGAGAGGACACAUGUGUUUGCUGAUGUAGUUGCAGUUUCAUUCUGCUGCCACUAGGUUUCAGUAAAGAGCCGUAUUUCACUGAUGGAAAACCAUUACCAAGAGCCUGUAAAGUAAAUGUCUCUUUGGUGUGUGUACGGCCUUAAUGUUCACACAUUCUUAUUCAUCCAUAUUUGUUAUGUAAAAGUUCCAUUAUCACCAAUUGAAUUUGUAAAUGUCUUUGUUACUCUUUAAGUUUAUAACCAUCACAACUCAUUGCAAUUAUCUAUUUUGCUUUGUUGUUUGCACCUGUUAUUCUGACCCUUCUCUUUUGUUCUGUACUUCAUGUGUUUACUUUUUUCUCUUUCUGUUCUGUAUUGGUUUGAGUUAAUAAAUACAACAUUUGAACAAGGAAUGGUGGAGCUGCA